AGCGGUGCAGCUUACCUCUCUCAGAACAGCAUGGCACGACGCACGCGGAGCAGCCGGGCUUGGCACUUUGUCCUGAGUGGGGUGCGGCGCGAGGUGGACACGCGGGCGGUCGCCUUGGCCACUGGCGCGCGUGGCUGGGGCUACGACUCUGACGGGCAGCACAGUGACUCGGAUUCGGAGCCGGAGUUUUCCUCCCUCUCGCCUUCCAUCCCCAGCGCCAUCCCCGUGACCGGAGAGUCCUACUGCAACUGCGAGAACCAGAGCGAAGCGCCCUACUGCUCCAGCCUGCAUGCCCUGCACCGCGUCAAGGACUGCCAGUGCGGCGAGGAGGACGAGUAUUUUGACUGGGUGUGGGACGACGUGAAUAAGUCGACGGCCACCCUGCUGACCUGCGACAACCGCAAGGUGAACUUCCACAUGGAGUACAGCUGCGGCACCGCCGCCAUCCGGGGCAACAAAGAGCUGGCGGAUGGGCAGCACUUCUGGGAGAUCAAGAUGACCUCCCCGGUCUACGGCACAGACAUGGUAU